GGAUCGCACAGCAGCAGGGCAGCGAUCUGAUCCCACCACCGGCACGCCGUGCGAGGAUGCUGCGCAGGAUCGUGCUGCUGCUGUGCCUGCUGCUGCCCUGCUCGGGGCAGACGUUGCAGCAGGAGGCCGAGCGCAUCAUGAACGCCACGCCGGUCAUCGAUGGGCACAAUGACCUGCCCUGGCAGCUCCUCAAACUGUUCAAUAAUCAACUGUUGCUGCCGGCAUCCAACCUGACGCAGCUGAACAGCACCCACACCAACAUCCCCAAGCUGAACACCGGGCACGUGGGCGGCCAGUUCUGGUCGGUGUACGUGCCCUGCGACACGCAGAACAAGGACGCGGUGAAGCGCACGCUGGAGCAGAUCGAUGUGGUGCACCGCAUGUGUGAGCUGUACCCCGACACCUUCGCCUGCGUUGUUGAUAGCGCAGGCAUCGAGCAGGCGUUCCAGAACAAGAAGGUGGCCAGCCUCAUCGGCGUGGAGGGCGGCCACUCCAUCGACAGCAGCCUGGGUGUGCUGCGCACCUUCUACCGCCUGGGUGUGCGCUACAUGACCCUGACACACAGCUGCAACACACCCUGGGCUGACAACUGGCUGGUGGACACCGACGAGGAGCAACCCGUGCACCAUGGCCUCACGGCCUUUGGGAAGAUGGUUCUGGAGGAGAUGAACCGCCUGGGCAUGAUCAUAGACCUGGCCCACGUCUCAGUGGAGACCAUGAAGAUGGCACUGAACGUCUCCAAGGCUCCUGUCAUCUUCAGCCACUCCUCUGCCUACGGCAUCUGCCCGCACGCCCGCAAUGUGCCCGACGAUGUGCUGCAGAUGGUGAACUCCACGGGCAGCCUGGUGAUGGUCAACUUCUACAACCAGUAUGUGACCUGCAGCAACACAGCCACGCUGGCUGACGUCGCAGACCAUAUGGACUAUGUGAAGAAGGUGGCAGGCGUUGAAUCCGUUGGCUUUGGCGGGGACUACGAUGGUGUCACAGGGCUGCCCACGGGGCUGGAGGACGUCUCCAAGUACCCUGCGCUGGUGGCGGAGCUGCUGGCCAGGAACUGGACGGAGCAGGAGGUGAGCGCGGCGCUGGCCAACAACCUGCUGCGGGUGUUCAAGAGGGUGGAGACGGUGAAGGCGUCCCUGCAGGGCACACUGCCCCUCGAGGAGCCCAUCGCCCUGGAGCAGCUGGAAGGGCAGUGCCGCACGAGCUAUGGCUACACCACCUCCACCACCACCGAUGCCAGCCCAGCCCUGCCCCUGCCAGCAGCCCUGGUGCUGGCACUGCCCCUGCUCAGCACCCUGCUGCCGUAGUGCCCACGUCCCGCCCCAGCCCAGCCACAAAAUAAAGCCACCCUGCUCGGUGUUCGGGCUGUCACCGCA